AUGGCUAUUCCACCUGGGGUCCCGCCGCUGCGGAUGCUGGAGGCGCUGGGCAUUGGCUUGUCACCUACUGGCGAAGUGACAGAGGCGGUGACCGCCGAGGGCGCCUACUACCUGGAGCAGGUCACCAUCACUGAAACAUCGGAAGAUGAAUGCGAAUAUGAAGAGAUACCAGAUGACAAUUUCAGCAUUCCGGAGGGAGAAGAAGAUCUGGCAAAGGCAAUUCACAUGGUUGGAGAGCAGGCCACAGACCUCCACAUUUUGGAACAACAAACCAUUCUUCCUUCGAGGCAUGUAAUGCAAGAAGCCAUAGAAGAUUUUCUCUGCAAUUUCCUGAUCAAAAUGGGAAUGACCAGAACUUUGGACUGCUUUCAGGCUGAAUGGUACGAGCUAAUACAGAAGAGAGGAACCGACCUUAGAGCGCUUGGUAAUGUUCCUGAUGUCUACAGCCAGGUGAUGCUUUUAGAAACCGAGAACAAAAACUUGAGGAAAGAAUUGAAACACUUCAAACAGGCAGCUGAAAAGGCCAAAGAAGAUCUGCUGAGAACUCAGAAAGAACGAGACUUCCACCGCAUGCAUCAUAAGCGCGUAGUGCAAGAAAAGAACAAGCUCAUUGCUGACCUCAAAGGGCUGAAAUUGCAUUAUGCAUCUUAUGAACCAACUAUAAGGGUGUUACAUGAGAAGCAUCAUGCUUUACUGAAGGAGAAAAUGCUGACCUCUUUGGAAAGAGAUCGAGCUGUUGGGCAGAUUUCUGGGCUUCAAGCAACACUGAAAAAUAUAGACAUAGGACAUAUUCAGGUCCCUGUAAUCAAAGGAUCUUAUGAGACUGCUUCUAUCACAAGAGAGUCAAGAGACAGAGCUGGUCGCAGUUUUGAGAAAGAAAAUGGUUCAGAAGGCCCUACUCAGAAAAGUCUUCGUGAAGCCAGGGAAGAAAAUGGGAAUAAAACAAAGAUGAAGAAUGAUAAAAAGGAUUCAGAAUUUCCUGUAGAUAUGCAACCAGAUCCAAACUUGACUGCAUGUAUGGAAAACCUUUCUGCCGCAAAAUUUGACUACAAGCUAAACAAUAUUUUCAGACUUCAUGAACUCCCAGUGAGCUGGAUGAGUGUGGCCCUUCUGUUUUAUGACUACAUGCCUCCCUCUUUUUGUUUGAGUAAAAAUGUCUUCCUUGUGGCUAUAGUGAUGGUUGAAGCGUUAAGAGCAGUGUCUGCUCUUCUAGAGUACCUGCAUUCACUUCUCCACCUCCCCAGUACAGUUUACAACCAUACCUAUCUCCAGAUCUGGGGAAUCUAA